UGUCACCGAAUACUUUUUCGACCAGUUGGGUUUUGGCUAUUUAAAUGCUUUUGGCUCUCAGACUACCGCCUCUACCUCAUCCCUUCCCCCUCCCCCAAAUGGGCACAAAAAACAACAACAAACUUUGAUGGUUUUGUAUUUCGGAUCACAGGAAUUCCGGAUAGACCCCAUCGUUUGCUCUUCGUUGGUCGGUUUGCUAUUCCGAGAUGGCUUCUUCAGCAACUGCUGAACUUUGCGAUGCGAACCCAUCCCUUCUUUCAGAAGGGGAACUGCGAGUUCUUCCGCCAAUCUUCCAAAUCUAUGGCCAAUGCCGAGCCUUCUCCGGCCCCAUCGUCACGCUCAAGGUGUUCGAGGACAACGUGUUGGUCAGGGAAAUACUCGAGAAUCCGGGGGAUGGAAGGGUUUUAGUUGUGGAUGGCGGGGGGAGUACGAGAUGCGCCCUGGUCGGAGGGAACCUGGGAUUGCUGGCCCAGAAUAUGGGUUGGGCUGGUAUCCUUGUGAAUGGUUGCAUCAGAGAUGUUGAUGAGAUCAACGGCUGUGGCAUUGGAGUUAGAGCUUUGGGGUCCAAUCCCAUAAAAUCAAACAAGAAGGGGCUUGGUGAGAAGCACGUGCCGGUCAACAUUGGUGAUACGGUAAUCCAUGAAGGAGAGUGGCUAUAUGCUGAUAGAGAUGGCAUCCUCAUUUCCAAGUCAGAGUUGUCCGUGUGACUACUACUACUGUGGCUCAACCAAAUCAAAGGUAUCCCUAAUAAGAACAAUUUGUUCACUUUCUUUAUUGCGCCAAGAAUAUUGAGUGAGACUGCAAGGGCGAUUUAUCCAUUGUUGUCGUGAUUCCAAAGUGUAGUGACUCAAAAGUGAAGAUUGUGUUCUUGAGAUGCAGGAAACCUUAAAUUUUGUCUCAUGAAACAUAUUCCCAAUCUUCAUAUUGUGUACAUGAUGACUUAUAUUCAGGGACCGUUUUCCGGUGCUUGU